AUGGUGUCUGUUCCCCGCGUAGCUGCUGCUACGAGCUCCGCGGCCCUCCGAGUGACGGCCUUCUUCUUUCUCCGCUGGAUUCCCGGCCAUCACUUCCCACCCCUCAUAGUCACAUUGUUGGCUGUGUACCUAGCUUCAUUGGUGUCGCUUGGCCGGCCGGCCGACCAGAGCAAUGCCGAUCGGCGCAAGGGCAAUAUCGAUGCUCAACAUGCUUCCAGAUCCCCGCCGCCAACCGAAGGCGUCCUCAAGGUUCUGCUGACUGGGCUGCCGUCCCCCCGACUACCGUUGUCCACGCGUUUGACCGUCCUGAUCAACAUUGUCCUCGCUCUCCUCACCCUAGACUUCGUGGGACGAGGCUUCAUUCUCUAUCCCAGCAAUGAUCUUGCUUUCUCUCGUAUCGGUUACGUCUCUCCGACUACCGCGAAUUUGCUGGUCCGUGAACCGGACCCGGCUCAGCUACCUUUGAUCGUAUACUAUCAGCCAACGGAGGAGGACCCCUCACGAUGGACAGAAGAAGGCGUGAUUUACUCACUGACGGAUGCGACGGACUUUACAACCACCGUAACUAUCAAGAACUUGGAGCCAUCAUCCGCGUACCGCUAUUCUCUAUCCAACAAUCUGACGGGCUCUUUCGUCACCGCGCCAAUGCCGGGCUCAAAAUCAGCCAACCGUCUGAGCUUCCUCACAUCGAGCUGCAUGAAGGCGAAUUUCCCCUACAACCCCCUAUCACAUCCACUACGUAUCCCGGGACUUGAGAUGAUGACAGAGACGGUCAACCGGCUGCCGUCUCUGCUCCGACCAGCGUUCAUGUUGUUCCUGGGGGAUUUCAUUUACGUUGAUGUGCCUCAGCGCUUUGGUUCCUCCAUCUCUCACUACCGCAGCGAGUAUCGCCGGGUCUAUUCAUCCCCAUCAUGGAACAAAGCCCAAGAUGGUCUCCCUUGGAUUCAUACACUCGAUGACCACGAGAUCGAGAAUGACUGGUCCAAAGGAAACACAACCGCGCCAUAUCCCGCCGCCGCAGAGCCCUACAUCCAUUACCACGUCAGCGCGAACCCUCCCAUUCCGCCAACACCCUUUGCUAAGCCCGAAAACACCACCUACUUCUCGUUCAUCAAUGGCCCGGCUUCAUUCUUCAUGGUGGACACGCGCACCUACCGCUCCGAGCCCGCCCAGCCCAACUCCACCAUCCUUGGCUCCGCACAGCUCCAGUCUCUCCUUGCCUUCCUCUCCCGUCCUGAACCGGCCGAAGUCCGCUGGAAGAUCGUAGCCUCCAGCGUUCCCUUCACCAAGAACUGGCAUGUCGGCACCACCGACACAUGGGGUGGCUUCCUCAACGAACGUCGCACUGUCUUCGAAGCCAUGUGGCGCGCAGAGCGUGAGCUAGGCGUCCGCAUUGUCCUCCUCAGCGGGGACCGUCAUGAAUUCGGAGCCACCCGUUUCCCAGAUCCCGAACUCGGCCUCACCCACGAAGAGCUCCUCCCAAACACAGCAGGCGAGGGACUGCAUGAGUUCUGCGUCGGCCCCCUCAACAUGUUCUACCUCCCCAUCCGGACUUACCGCCAAGACGACAACGAAGACGUUGCCAUCAAAUACAUCCCCGAUGGGAACACCAAGUACGGCCUCAUCGACAUUGACGUCCAAGAUGAGCUCAUUACCACUCCCACUGGGAAGACCAUCUCCGUCCCCAGCUCCGUCUUCACUUACUCCCUGUACGUCAACACCGAUUUAAUCUGGAAAUAUUCCCUUGCUGUUCCUCUACCUGGCCACGAGGCUGCGGUCGCCUCCGCGUCGACUUGGAAACACCCUCGCUUCCCACCGGGUAAGCUCCUCCUGGAUGAUCGCGAGCAAGUUACGUGGGAUGCAUCUAUCAAGACGGUGAUUGGCCGCGUUGAGGAAACGGUAGGUCGAGUGCGUUCAUUACAGGAGUUUAAUGGGUUGAAACAACUCCUAAGGAAGCAGACACGGCUAUUUGAUGCCCCAGAGGGCCAGUCGGAUAUUAGCAAAGAGUUACAAUCGACGAAUGAGGUGAAUGAUGACUGA